AUGCAAAGCAAUAUUACUACUACUACUACUACUACUACUACUACUACUACUACUACUACUACUACUACUACUACUACUACUACUACUACUACUACUACUCACACUACUACUACUACUACUACUCACACUACUACUACUACUACUACUACUGACAAUAAUAAUAAUAAUCAACAGCCAGAUGAAACAUCUCUCUGUAACUAG